UCCACCCUUGAGAGAAGCGAGAGAGUGUCGUCCCUUGAGAAGUUUCACUCACCAACCUAAUUUAAAGGCUUCAAAGGUGAUUCUGAUCCAAAUGGGCAUAUAUUUCACUAUGAGCAUAUGAUAUCACCCUACCUCGAAGUACGUUCAUAAUGAUAAGGUUCUUUACCUCUAGUUUGGAAAAAGAUAUGCUCACUUGCUUCAGAUGCCUCCUGCCAAACUCAGUUUAUACAUUCGAUGAUCUAAAAACACUAUUCAUUCAGAACUAUUCUUGUAGCAUCAUACAAGAUGAUGUAACUGAAGUCAUCUACAAGAUAACUCCAUGUGAAGAGGAAAGCUUCACUAAACUUCUGAGAAGUUUCAAAGAAGCAGCUGCCUCAGUCGAUAAGAUACAUGAGAAAAUAUUAUGUGUGUUAUUUAACAAAUGGCUUGAUAAAGGGAGAAAUCAGAAAUUCCUUACUGCGACGGUUCUUAACGUUCUGGAGUUAACUACAGUCAAUGUGGUCGUUUAUAUGGUUUUAUUGAAGUGGAAAUUUACAGCAAAUUAUGUCGCUCAGCUCAAGUGUGUACGGGCUGAUGAAAUGAUGACCGUUGGAUGA